AUGAGUGAAACACCUUCAACCAGUUACUCAGUGAAUCAGCCAAACUCCUCUGGAAGUGAACAGAGUUUAUCCACGCGCCAUCUCAAUGUUACUGAACCUGUUGUGGCAAAACGGAUUUGUUUCUAUAAAAGUGGAGAUCCUCAGUUUAAUGGGAUCAAAAUGGUCAUUAACAAUCGGUCUUACAAAACAUUUGAUGCCUUGUUGGAUACUUUAUCCAAGCGAGUCCCGUUACCUUUUGGAGUAAGGAAUAUCAGUACACCAAAAGGAAGACACAGCAUCACCAAUUUGGAGGAUCUUGAAGAUGGAAAAUCUUAUAUUUGUUCCCACCAGAGGAGAAUGAAGCCCAUCAACCUGGAACAGGCAAGCAAAAAGCCACUGCCCUGGCAGAUCAGUAGGCCUGUCAGUGCCCAUGGAUUUGGCCAUCGAGAAAGAAGAAUAACAACCCCCAAAAAGCUGCUUGUUUUCAAAAAUGGUGAUGUCAGACACAGACGCACCAUGAUUCUGGGAAAGAAAAAUACACAUACCUUUGAGGCCUUUCUGGAUCAUAUGAGCGAGUUAAUGCAAUAUCCAGUUGUGAAACUGUAUACCACUGAUGGCAGAAAGGUUACUAAUCUUCAGGCCCUGGUAUUGUGCUCUGGAGCUGUAGUUGCAGCAGGGAGAGAGCCCUUUAAACCAAGCAAUUAUGAUUCUCUUGUGUAUUCGCAGCCUGCUAGGUUGCUUGGAAUGGCAAAUCGUGUGUACCCAAACACAAAUACCAAGUCAGAAAGUGAAAAUACGAGAGCUGAAAUGGGCUCUAGCUCGAGAUCUCAGAUAUUCUCAGUUUCUUCUGAUAAAAAUAACUCAAAUGAUAACAACUCAGAUUCUUCUUAUGCUCCUGAGAGUCAUAACAGUAUAGGAGAAAAUCAGUUAGUUACUGGUAAAGACUUAUCUGUGGCUCAGUUUGAAGAGGACAUUGAGAAAUCUGUUCACCUUAAUCAAGAUGGCAGUAUGACGGUGGAAAUGAAAGUUCGAUUCAAAAUUAAAGAGGAAGAAACCAUUAAAUGGACAACAACUGUAAGCCGUGCUGGCCUUUCUGAUGACAAAAAUACCAUUUUCAAUUCUACAAUGCAUGAGGAAGACUGCUUAUCCAAUGUAAAUUCAUCAGAAUGUACAAAACCAAACCGUGCUCCAUUUUUGAAGAGCUACGAUAAAGAAGAGGGAGACUCAUUACAGCAAUUCAGUGCAGAGGUGUCAGACAAAGAAUCAGAGUCUGAUUUAAAAACUGCUGGUUGUAAUACCUGUAAGGACAACAGUUCUGCAGAUCUAGAUGUAAGCAAUGUACCUGAGGAUAAUAUCAAGCCUCGCUUCUAUAGGCCUCCCACGCCUGGGCCAAGGCGUGUUAGACAAAAGAAAGCAGUAGUUGAAAGUGUCACUUUGGUAUCUGAGAAAGAGGUUCAGGAGAAGAGAGUAGAACAAUUUUCCUACAGUGAGGAAAUACAGAAUGGAGAAAAUAAAUCUGAGUAUUGCAUGGUAGCUCAUUCAAGCAGAAAAAAAUCAAGUGUCAGUAAUUCAAAGUUUGGCGAGAUGAGUGACAAUGAUUUAUUAAAGCUUUCUUCAGAGAAUAUAAAGGAAGAAAUGCUUUUUACAGUAAGCCACAAAAGUAAUGAUUUAAUAGAAACCACAAAUAGGAAGAUGGUAGAAAUGCCUGACAAAGACGAACUGGUACAGGACGUACUAGAGAAAUCAGUUGCAGAACAAGAUACACAUAAUAGUUUAGUAUCAAGCUGCAAAGCUAACAUUAGUGGUUGCAUACCAUCCUCAAAAAUUUACCAAGCAGCUAGACCAGGUUCAGCAGACCACAUCCAUGAAUCAAGUGAUAUUAAACAAAUAAAAAGAUCAUUGAGUUCUUUUGUUAAAUAUUCAGAAUUAUGUCAGUCAAAAGAAACUAUAUACGAAGCUGCUGAUUUAUUACCUGUUUCUCAAGAUUCAAUGCAUUCAGCCUGCCCUGAACCAGUAAAUCCAACUGGCUUCUUUCCUAAUGUUACUGAAAGUGAGAAUCAGAUCAGUGAUAGGACUGAAUCUGAGACAGCAACAAGUCUCAUGGAUGACAACCAAUCUGCAUCUUCCCUCACCAAAAAGAAGAAGAAGAAGAAGAAGAGAAAAUCAUCUAACUUUCUAGAGCAAGGCACAUAUGAAAAUCAAGAAGAUAAAGACAUUUCAGGAAUAAUUAAAGGUGAAGGAACACAUAUCACAAGAAAAACUACACAGGAUUCCACAACAGAGACCAUGGAUAAUUGUUCUGAAAUGCCUCAGAAAAAAGGAACAGAAUUAUUUGUAAAAAACAGCGAUGGGUCUGUCAAUUCAGACAAAAGCAUAUGUCCUGAAGAUGAGUUCUCUCACCAGGAUUCAGAGGAACAAAAUGGAUUAUCAUUUAAUAAAAACAAAAAAAAUAAUGACAAAAAGUUGGCCAAGGUAAAACUGAAGUCAGGCAAAAAAAAUGGUGUGGUUUCAUCUGCAAAGAGUGAAGAUGGUCGAGUGACAGCUGAUUCAAACAAUGAAUCUGAACACAAGAGAACCAUUACACUAGAGGCUCUAAAAAAGGAGGAUUUUCAAGAGGAGGUUCUUGAAAACUAUGUCCAAAGUUGGCUGAAAAACUUGUCACCAAAUGCUGUCUUACCCCCUAUAAAUAAAAAAGAAGUGACUGUAGAGAGCAACAAUGCCUCUCAUUUUCCUAAUGAAAAUACUGAUAUUUCUAUAGAUAAAGAAACAAGAUUUAUCAUAAAUAAAUUACAUGUGACUGAAAAAAACCAUCUGGUUGAGCAUAAUCCAACAAAAAAACCAUUAAAGCCUAUUUCUGAAAUAGGAACUUUAGAAGAAUCAGGUGAGAAACAAACUGACUCUUCAAUUCAUGCUGAUGCAACGAUACUAGAAGAAGCCAAGCAUUCUCUAAAGUCAGAAUUUCAUCAUGAUGGUAAGCUACAGUUGUUUCAUGAAACACAAGACAAUGAUAACAAGAUGUCAGUCGAUAUUCAAGACAACAACCUAUGUCAAAGGAAAAAAUCUGAAGUUGCUGUUCAAGUUGAUUGUGCAGUUGUCAAUGAGAAAAUGGAAUUUGAUGUUCAGAAUAAUUGCAUGUCUAGCAUGAUGCUGCGUGAACUACAAUCAAAUUUGCUUGUUCUCCAGAAGGAGCAUAGUGGAUGUAUAGGAAAAGCCUGCAGCCUUUCUGAUCUUUCUCCUUCAGCUUUUGGUUCUUCCUCCAAUGUCCUCCUAGCUUGGCUACUUGUACUGAAUCUGAGAGAGAAUUUGAUUGAGACAAUCAAAGAUGAUACAAAGAAAACAACCUGCAGCUGUUCUGAAAUAUUCACACAGUUACAAUUUCUGAAACAAAAUUCAUUAAUAGAAAAAGUCAAUGAACUAAAGGCUGCCUUAUCUCAUUUUCAACAAUUAACAGAAAAUAACUGCUUACACUCUGGGGGGGAACUCGAAAAGCAGGACUCCACAGAUUGCCAUGAGGAUGUGCCUGUAUCUGAAAUUCAUAAUGGUACACAUCUGCAUGCAAAUGAAAACUCAAUUGAGCCUUGUAUUCCAAAGGACAAUACAACUUCUGAAGAAGCUCUAAAAUUGACUGGUGAAUUAGAAAGUUCUUUAGAUAUACAGAAAGAUCUUUGCAGAGAAAGAGAGACUUUAAACUUGAGUGCUCCCAAAACACGGCUUGAUGGUCAGUAUGCCAAUGCUCAUUCAAAUACCUGUAACCCUGCUUCAGCUGUAGAGUCACCUGAAAGAAAUGGAGAUAUGUCUGAUAGCCUGUAUGAAAAAUCUCAAGAUAAAAACAUAGAUACAUCAUUUGCUAAUGAAGAGUCAGAAAUUUCAGUAGAACCUAACUCAACAGUAUAUAGUGUAACUUCUAAUGAUAAAAACUAUAUUUUAGGUCAUGAUACUUCUGAGUUAGAAGGUGAAAAAGAUAUUUGUGUUACUACUAACAAAAAUGAAGAUGAGAAUGUUGAUCCAAAGCCAGUAGGUAAUGACAAAACCCCAAAUAAUCAACUUGAACUAUCUGUUGAAUCCUCUGUAGAAUACAAUAAUGAGGAUUAUUCCAUACAGGCAGACAAGGAGGAUGAAGAGACUGAUGAGGAAAUAUCGGAGAGGUUAUCUACAGCCUCUCCAUUAUCAUUUUGCUAUGAAUCAAAACAAAUUACAGAAUGUGAUAUGAGUGAAGGAGAACAGAAAUUGCAAGUAGAAGAGCUGGAGAACAGAAUGCAUUCAGAUGCUUCUCGAUUGAAAAAACGCUUAAAAACACCUGCUACUUCAGACUGGUCAGAUUACAGACCAGAUACUGAAGAAAGUGAACAUAACUUUAGAGCAUCCAGUGAUUUGACCAAUGAAAGUGAGGAGGAAGCAAUACUUGAAAAACAUUAUAAUACUGGCUAUGUAAAGAGAACUAUUGAACGACUUUAUGGCAAGCAGGAAGCUUCAUUUAAGCCUGAAUUUCACAAAGGAUUUCCUUAUGUGUCAAAAGUAUUUCCAAAAGAUACUGAAGAAUUCUACUCUGCAGUGGCGGAAAAAACAAUUUCUUUUUCUCAAGAAAAUAGGUCUUAUUCUGCAGAGAAAUUUUCACAUUCUUCAAUGCCAUCACAAGAAUUUCCAGUAAACAUAGACAAAGACGACACUAUAUCAAGAAGAGAAAGUACUUCUUCGCCAACACCACAACCUACUCCUAACAGAGAGGAGACAAGUUAUACUAACGACUAUCCAGAGGAUUCUCCAAAGCAACAAUGUCAACCUAUCACACAGUCUAACGAAGAGGAAGGAAUAUUGAUAGAUAAAGGUAAAUGGCUUCUCAAAGAAAAUCAUUUAAUAAGAAGAUCACCACCUGAACAGAUUGGAAUGUAUGGUAAUUUGGAUACAACAUCAACAGACACAGUCCUUGAUGCUAACGGUGAUGAUGUUCCAUACUCGCACUUUGGCAAUCUGAAUCAGUACCCAGCCCUCCAUGAAAUCUCUUCUUCAGAACUUGAAGAGAUGGUUAAACCCUCUGCAAAUCAUUGCAAUUAUUUCAGUGUACCUCAUAAUAGUGAUUCAGACCCCUUUCAGGAUGACUUAAGUACAAAAAGCACAUCUAGCCGCAAUGGUAAGAUCACUUCCCUUCCUGCAGCAAACAAAGAAAAGAUCAAGCCAUCAGUCGUGGUGGGUUCUACUUCCACACAGGCUGAUACCAAUUUUCCAUCCUUUACAUCUGGAGAAUUUCGAUUGCCUGAUAACAAGGUGCAUCCAUUGGAACAGCCUUUAAAUGAUGAACCCAUACGGUCUCAGCCAGCUGGUAGUAGUAAUGCUAACCAAAGUGCUCUUCGGGAAGAAGAUUCUCUGGAUAAACUCCAUGCGAUAUGUGGCCAACAUUGUCCAAUACUGAUGGUGAUAGUAACACCAAUUAAUGAGGAACAGAGAGGAUAUGCCUACCAAAAGGCAUCUGAUAUUGAGAACCAGCUGGGGCUAUGUUUGUUGGCAAAAAAGAGUGAACAUUUACAAUGGUCACGCAAAGAUUCAAUAACGGACAGAAAUAAUCAUGUGACUCUAAAGAAUAACUGUAUCAAUAAGAUUGCCAAUAAUAUUUUCAAUAGGUUUUAUGCUAAUAACACCUUAGAUUUUAUUAGUAACAUUAGAAUACUUGCAUCUUCAACUCUGAAAGACACAAGCAGUUUAGGGAAGUUUCAUGUUACAGAGGAUAUGAAUGUAAAACCUGUGGAAGUCAGCACCUGUCAGAAUAAUGUACCCAAACACACACCCAAUUAUCUUGUGAUAGGCACAAACAGUGAGCUACCCAAUAGAAAGUCAAAAAUAUGCCAAAGUCUAAGAAUAAGCCUAAUUCAUAUUGUUGGAGAAAAAGUUUCUCCAAUGUUGGCAGAUCCAGCAGAAACCUGUCAUUCUGAAACAUUUCUGAAGUGUGACUCUUCUUUAAAUAACAUUGAACAUGAUGCCUCUGAAAAUCUGAAAAAUGAAAAUGCCGUUCCUACAGAAGAAGCAGAAAAAGAAGAAGGAGGUUGCUUUUGUACAAUGGAGAACGGAAACAGCAAAAAUGAGAAAGGCUUGGAAUAG